GGGCCCUCACUGAUCCUUCCCGGGCUUUUAAGGCUAUGGCCUCAGCCGUUCUUUCCCCUCUGUCAGUUUUACUCGCUGUUAACUCAAAGCACCAGACAGCUGCGUGCACACAUCGCAGGCGAGAGGCGACAAAGAUGUCUUGAACUAAAUAUAUGACUGAUGUAGGAUGCACAAGAACUUGGAAUCGAUUAGACCCGCUUCUGGGACUGGGAGAGUCUGAGAGAGGGCAAUUAGGACCCACACACAUUUCACCGUCUCUGUGGGAACAGGCUGGUUUCUGAACGCAAGUUAGAAGGCAACGUAAAGAAAGUUGUUAAAAAGUGGGAUUUACCAAAGACCAAAGCUCAGCCUCUCGACGCCGGAGAAGGAAGGGGGAAUAAUGUCGUACGCCUCGCUGAUCAGGGAGAGAAAGGAGAAGGCUUCGGCCAUUGCCCGGGAAUUCCAUGGAGAAGAGGUCGAGUUUGACCUGGGAAAGAAGGUCAGUGUACCACAGGAUGUGAUGAUGGAGGAACUCUCUCUUCUCACCAACAAAGGAUCCAAGAUGUUCCAGAUGCGGCAGAAGAGAGUGGACAAGUUCACAGUGGAAGGGAUAGGAGGACAAGCGGCAGGGAGUGGCCCCCAAGGUGGCGUAAUUGCUGGAGAGCAUCCCGGCCAAGGCCACGUGGGCGCUGGUCAAUAUGUGGACGGGUUGAAGGAGAACUACAGGACAGAGGUCCACAUGUACCCCAGUAAAGGGUCUGGGCCGGCUGUUCCCCCCAAACCCUUCGCCAAACUCUCCGCCGCCAAGAACAUCAAGGUUGUGUUGAACCCUAACAUCAUUGCUCCAGGUUACUCUGGCCCCCUGAAGGAAAUCCCACCGGAGAAGUUCAAUGUCACGGCCAUUCCCAGAUCCUACCAAUCACCCUGGGCUGAGGCACUGGGAGAGCAGGCGGACAUCCUGGAAACUGUGAUUACUCAGCUGCCAGAGGCCCCUCCAAAGGCCGAGGCCCAGGCGUACAGGUGCUUCAACAGAGCCGCCACGCCGUUUGGUGGUCCAGGCGCCUACAGGAGGCUGUUGGAGGUGAACGGCCCGGAGACCAUGGCGACGCCAGUGGAGCCCGAUGUCGUUGAGACUCCACAGUUCACCAACAGGCCCUGUUUCAACCGCCUGCCCCGAGGAUGGACAGGGCCGCCUCUCCCAGAGUCCGCGGAACUCUGAGACCGCCCCCAAUCGGCUAUCUAACAAUCGGAAGCCGCAAGAACAUCCGACAGGUGAAGGGAAGGUUUUACAGAGGGCGGUGUGUGCCCCAAAUACAUCUGAUAACCCCUGCUUCCCCAUGACUGACAUACAGUACUGAAUGCAAUUGUACUGAACACAACUGGUUUCUGCAGUGCAAACCAGCCAAGAUGUUAACCACAGCACAAACACCAACACUGUUAACCUAAUAUAUACUAAAUAAAUG